AUGGAUGGAUGGAUGGAUGGAUGGAGCGGAGCCCCGCCGUCGGGCUGCGCGCAGUGCCCCGGGGCCGCCCCGCCGCUGCGGGCGCCGCCGGCCUCUCGCCCCCCUCGGUCCCCGUGGUGCUGGGCGAGCUCCAGGGCACGGCCGGCGGCUUCAAGCUCUGCUUCCUCCCCGCUUCGCCCAGGUGUGAACGCCAUGCUCAGGAAGGUGGCGGUGGCUGCCGCCUCCAAACCCCACGUGGAGAUCCGCCAGGACGGGGACCAGUUCUACAUCAAAACUUCCACCACUGUCCGCACCACUGAGAUCAACUUCAAAAUCGGGGAGAGCUUUGAGGAGGAGACGGUGGAUGGACGAAAGUGCAGGAGUUUGGCCACUUGGGAGAAUGAAAACAAGAUCUAUUGCAAACAAACUCUUAUCGAGGGAGAUGGCCCCAAAACAUACUGGACUCGAGAAUUAGCUAAUGAUGAGCUGAUUUUGACCUUUGGUGCUGAUGAUGUUGUGUGCACAAGAAUUUAUGUAAGAGAGUAAAAACAUCAAUUUACUUGUCAUCUGGGAUGAAGUGGAGAACUGUGAAAAUCCCCAGUAUACUAAGUAUCUGUGUGUGCUGUUACUAAUGCGGUGUUGUAUGUGACCGUGUGUGUUCUAUCUGAACCCAUAUCCUCUGUUAAGUGUAUUUUGCUUUCAUUUUUCAUUGCAGACACUAUUCCUUCCCACUUUUAUGCCAUCAUUUUUUGUGUCUACUUUGUAUUUUGUAGUUGUCGCUUGCUAUGGUUUCAUCAAUUAUUAAACUUAUUGGGCAUAACUCACA